AUGAGUGUGAAGAACACCCAAGACAUCCUCUCCUACGGAGAGCGUCCCGCGGGGACGCGGGGUCCCUUCGGGACCCUCCGUUCGAGAGGCUUGGUUAAGCUCGAGAGUGGUCCGAGAUUGCAUUCCCCACAACAAACCCAAACCAAACAAGCCCCUUUACAUAAAUAUCCAGCACCCUCAACGAUCAAACAUUCUGACAAUCUGAGUACGGUCAACUACCUGGUUCUCGAUCAGUCGACUAACAUUUGGAAAGAUGAGUUGUUCUCGGUCAGUUACGCCUCCGUACUAGCUGAAAACGCGCCUCCAGUCGAAGAGCAGCCCAAGCCUGAUCCGAACCUCUUGGAGGGUCAGGGUGAUCAUCAUCCUACCGAACAUGAGAAUGAGAAACAACCGGGAGACAAUGAUGGUGAUGAGCAUCAUUCGAACGACGACCGCCCUUCAUCGGGAAAGAAGGAAGAUCAGAUCAAGCAAAAGGCAAAGAGAGCGGCGAAAGAAGGAAAGAAGCCGAUGAGCGAUCCACAAAACCAAGUUGGAGCGAUCAGUCUGGUUAAUGUCAUCACUCUGAGUGCUACCGCUCUGUUUGCCCUCAAGUACUGGAAUAAGCCGCACUGGGAUAAACGGGUCGUUAGUGGAGUCAUCGUCGGAGUUAGCGCGAUUUUGGGCGGUCAAGGAUAUCUGGUCAACCUGUUUUCGAAUUUCCAAAAGAAACAAUGA